AUGUCGGGAGUACACACAACAACAGCCUUUGUCAAAGCUGUCAAGGAGUGCGCUGAUUGCCUGAAGAAGAAUGUUGCGCUUGUGUAUGAAAAAGAUCCGUUUGGCAGCGACAGUGAUUCUGAACAGGGAGCCGCGGAUGAGCAGAUCGCACAGCAGCAAAGCAGUGGGACCGAAGCGGUAGCACAAGUUCCGAAGGAAGUCGUCGUACAUGAAGCGCGCAAGGUAGUUGUGCAGGAAGAACCAGACGAUGACGCUCGCAGUGAUGAUGAGCAGCAGGGUGCUACGACCAUUGGAGAUAAUAACUUUCUUCAAUUUGCUCUGGAUGAUCUGCUCACCGAAAGCACGACGGACUUCAAUCUCGACUUGUGCAAAGUCCAGGUGUCGCGGCUAUUUUCCAAAGUCCGCGUGGGAGAACGUGUUGAAGCCGCCAAGGAUAUGGAGCAGUGGAUGAGUGUUCUGGCAUUGUCCCACACAGAGUCUGAGAUGAUGCUCAAGGAAUCGGAGGCUGUAACGGAAGCUGCGCAGCAAGGCUUGGAGGAGCGACGUCAAGAUAUCGCAACACUUGUGGGGCAAAACAACAUCAAAAUCUCGACGUUGCUUAAGGGUUUCAUGCAGAAGGCCAUUCGUGUGAGGACAGUCGACGCAUUGAGCAUCCCUGACGCACAGGUUUCGCAGUAUCGGCUUGAGACUCUGGACAUGCUCAGAGCAGGAUGCUUGGUUUUGUCCUUUUCGGGAGCCAUCUUUUCAUGCAGCCAAAAUAUGUGGCAGGCCAAGUAUGCCAAGUCUGCUUAUGAUGAAUUCUGGGACGGACUGUGGGAUGCUAAGCUUGAAAUCACCUGGAUUGUUGUUGAAACCCAAGUGGACACUGCAUGUUUCUUGGUGGAGCUGUUGAGCAAAUUCAUAAACCCUCGCAGAAACGGAAGGAUCCAUGGCGGCAACGCUUCGACUAGAUUUUUCUGGCGUCUACCGGACAGGACAGGUUGCAGCGAGCGUUUACGAACGCGACAGCACUGGAAGGCGAACUCUCGGAGCAGAAUCCCAGCGAGAAGUGUCUUUUGUUUCGGAGACCCUGUCGAAACUUGUCGGUGCGUUUGUAAUUUCUUUAUGGGCUUUCCCAAGCCCGACUGUGAGUUUAAUCUUGCACUACCUGCGCUUCACCCGCGCGUCACCUUCGCCAUCGAGCUUCGUGAAACGAGUGGGUGGGUGGGUUUGUUGGCUUCGGCGAUCUUCACGCAGGACCCACACCGGUUGUGCAGUACUUGCUGCAAGGAGCCGAGUGCACGGACUAUCACAUGCAUCUGGCCGCACGCCGGCUGCGCUGAUGGCCCAUUAUAUUUCCUGGGCGACACCAUGUGA